AUGGCUAAUACUCACAUUCGCCAGACCUUCCAGACCUUACCUGAGUUUCUGAGAAGGAGAUCCGGCAAUGGUAUAAAGGCUUCAAAAAGGAUUGCCCUAUACCUGUCGAGUGGAUUUUUGCGAAUAUAUAAGCAAUUCUUUCCACACGGAGAUCCAUCCAAAUUUGCAUCACUUGUCUUCAGGGACGGCUCAAUAGAAUUUGAAGAGUUUAUAAAAGCCCUGUCCGUCACUUCCAGAGGAAACUUAGAAGAAAAGCUCAAUAAUGAGCGGUUCGACUAA